CGCCGCCAUUGUGAAGAGGAGACGCCACGUUACAACUCACCAAGCGUCGUUUCUUGUCUAAUUUGAGUGGCUUUGGGACCGACCAAUACAACGAAUAUACGCUCGGUGAUUGCACAAGGAUGCCAGGAUAUUACCAUGAGGACCAGUUUGGGUCAGGUGGUGGUGGCAGCAGCCGUUACAGAAGUGGGAGCAACAGAGGUGGAAGAGCCAGUGGGGGCUAUGGUCGAGGGGGCGGAGGUGGGGCCAGUGGAGGAGGCGGAAGCUACAGUCGUGGGAACUACAGCCGUGGAGGAGUGAGCAACCACAACCCACACUAUAGUGGAGGUGGCAGUUACAGUAGCAACAGGCACCAUGGAGGGGGCAGCCACAGUGGCACUGGGGGCUAUGGGGAUGGGGGCUAUGGACGCACAGGCCAUGCCUCCAGCCAGGGCAGAUCUCCAAACAGGUACAGCGGUGGCAUGAACUCAGGCAGCAUGAUGGUAAACCCUUGGGAGAGCGGCAUGGUGCCCACAGCUGGGGGAGGCAGUGGGGGCAACGGGCUCCUGCCAACACCAGGAGGGUCAGGGGGUAGCAUUGUGGGGGGUGGGGGAGGGGGCACAUCCAACCUGCUUGGCUCCCUUAGCCAGCUCAGCCAGAUGGGCAAUAAUGAGUCCAAACUGGCGCUCAACAUACUCAAUGCCGUGCUGUCUUCGGGUUCCUCGCUAGUGGAUGGGCGUGACAGCCGUGAUUAUGGCCCUCCCGCCAACAAAAUGCGACGCAUGGACAGGGGUGGGGGGAAUGAUGACCGUCGUGGGCGGGCUCGUUCCCCCCAAAUGCGUCCUCCACCCUCACGCAAGUUGCCCCAACGGGAACAUCACUUCAGCCCCCGACGUGCCUGGGAUGAGGCGCCCCACAGUCGCAGGGGUCGCCAUGUCUCUGGCCCAGCUGGACUUCCAAUGAUGAAUGACUACCAGCUUAGGAAAAAGGUCAAGGCCAGGAAGGGAAAGCCCAGGCCUGAUGCUAAGGAUAAUAAGGCCCCUGCCAAGGACCAGGAGAAGGGGAAGGAUGAAACAGCUUCAACAACAGCAGCAGAAACAGCAGCAGGUGUCCAGGAGGGAGUCAAAGCUGAGGGUGAUGGUACCCCAGCUGCAGCUGGCCCCAACAAGAGCGUGAGGAAAUUCCCAGAGAAGCUCUCAAGUGCCAUAUGUGUGACCUCACUAAAUUUGGAUCUAUCAAGGGCUAUCUGAACCACCUUGAGAGCAAAAAUCAUGAAGAGAUGGCAAGAUUAUUCCAUGCCAAAGGAGUUGCUUUGUUGCAGCUGCUUAGAGCAGAGUCAAAGCUGGCAUCUUUGCGUAAUACAGUGAAGCUGCGAAAAAUGGGUGUCAAAGGAAGGUUCAUGCAGUGCUUCAGAUGCCAAACUCGCAUCUUUGGUAAUCUGGCCAAGCAUGUUAAAACGACAGAACAUCAGUUGGUAAGCAACUUCCUAAACCUCAAGUGCUGCAGUCGCUGGUUCCCAAGCAGAGUGGACCUGGAAGAACAUCGCCUUUCACUGCUCCAUCUAAGGAGGCAGUAUGAAUUUGAGCAGAGAAAGAAGGCAAAGGAAGAAAAGGAGAAAAAGGAAUGGGAGGAAUCCAAAGUUCCUGAGAAUGCGCCACCUGCAUGGAGGCGGUUGAUCCACCAGUUAGACCAGCUGAAAACGCUGCAUAACCAUCCCAGCGAAAUGUCCCUGGGCACCAUCCCUGCUUACGACCCAGCUGCGCCAACAGGUUUGAACUUCAUUGGAACAAAGACACAGUUUUACUGUAGAGUGUGCACAGAUCUCAUGGCACCUGCAUCAAGGGUAGUGGAUGCCCAUUGCCGGUCCAUCAACCACUAUAAUACCCUAUUGUCGCACCUCGGGAAGAUGGAGGAAAAGAAGGAACUAGAAAAGAAGAAGCAGAAGGAAGAGGCCAAGAAAGAGAAGGAAGAAUCUGAUAAAAAGCAGAGCAAUGGAGAAGAAGGAGAUGGAGCAGAAGUUAGCUUCGAGGACAUGGACAACAUGGAAACUGUGGACGAAGCUCUUGAUGAUGCCGAUGCCGAGAUGGAUGCCAGUGCUGAUGCCACCUCUGAGACCCUGAGAGACGGCCAUGAAGGGCACGAAGAUGAACUGGAUAUUGUGCAUGAGACGAGGGAGCUAUCAUCCUUGUUAGAGGAGGUGGGUGAGAUGCUGCAGGAAGAUGAGGUGAAGGGUGACUGUGAGGAUGGGGACAUGGCUCAUGACAUGGAAGAUGAGCUCAUGAAAGACUGUGAUGAUGCUGCAUUGAAACUAGAUGGGAUAGAGGGAACAACAGAUAAAGUGAACAGUCAGGAAGACAUCACUGCUGAGGCAGAGACUGAGACAGCAGUGGAAGGAGAGCCAGCAGAAGAGGAGGAAGUAAAAGGAGAAGAUGCAGAUGUGGAGGAUGCCAAGAAGACAGAGGAAGAAGGGAGCAAGGAAGAGGAGGAGACCAAAGAGGCCACAGACGAAGAUGAGGCCAAAGAGGAGGAAAAGCCCAGGGCAGUCUCCCAGUCCCCCUCCACGCCACGGGGCCGAAGGGGACGGGCUAGGGGAAGGGGGCGCUCAGCUAGGGGGGCCAAGAAUUAGGAAAAGCCGUGUAGGCAGGUGUUUGUGUGUAUGUUCCUUCAUGCGUAUGGCUGUUGAUCAUAUGUCCUUGUAAUGCAUAUCUUUUUCACAAUUUUUGUGAGAGGGUGAAUAUUAGCCCUGAAUAAAAUAGUUUAUUUUUUCUAGUUUGUAAACAAAUUUAUUGGAAACCAUUCUUUUUCAAUUUGUAUGGUGGCCCAUCAGCAAUAUUCUAAGCAAUAUAUGAAAUAUAUAAAACUUUGUCUUUUUUUUCUAAUUAUUUUUUCAAUUUCCACAGAAAAUGAGAGUUUAAAGUUAUCCCAAAUUUCCUAAAAAUGGAAAGUUCAUUAAAAUUUUGGACUUUACAUAGGCUGUUGUCAUUUAGCUGUUUUAGGGGCAUGUGAAUAGUGUGUGAGAGGAGUUGGAGGCAUUGUUGAUUGCCUUCCUUUGUGUUAAAUUGUUUGUGUAUAUAUGUAUGUAUUUUGUGUAUCUGUCUACAUAUAUAUGAAUGGAGGUGUACAUGUUUAUACAAGGAUACCUGUGUAUACAUGCACAUGUUAACAUAUAAUUAAACUUAUGUAUGUUAGUCAUUUAUAUAUAGUAUACAGAAAUGAUACACAACCAUUUUCCAAUAUUGAAUACCAGUAUCUUGUUAAGUAGUCGAGCCAGUAACCUCAAAGUAAUUUUUAAUAUUUUUUCCCCCCAGCAAAGAGAUUAGUGCUCAACUUUCCUUUAACAAUUUUAAAUGUGAAAUUUAUUGUGAUUCUGUACUAGAAGGAAGUAUCUUUCUUGGGGGUGAGGUUUUGUAUUGUAUUUGAAUAUCAUAGAAAAUUAUUACUUCCAUAAAAUGGAAAAGUAUUCCAUUCCCAGCAAAUAAGUGUACCAUGUAGUUUUGGAGGAAAAUGAUGUCCCCUUUCCAGAAUAACAGUUUCAAAAUGUAAAGUAGGUAAUAACUCUCAAGGAAAAAGUCCUACCAUUUUAUGCUAGUAAAAAUUAUUAGGAACUGAAUUUUUUGGAAAGCUUCUUUAGUGAUAAAAAAUGUGAAUAGUGUCAUGCACAGUGAGGAGCAUUUGACAGUUUUUUCCCCAUGAUGAAAUUAGAAAUAGGAUUGCCAGUACAGUUUUCUCAGUGAGCAGAGUCUUUGAUAGAAUUAUUGUAUCCUCUCCCUCAGUUUUUUUUUUUUUUUUUUUUAAGUGUUUCAUCAGGUAUAUGUUAAAGAAUAUGCAAAUUGAUCCUGAAGUCAGGACUCGCAUCGAUGCCAUAGUCGGACCCACAGUUUUGAGGGUAAACUCUUAAUUUACCACUUUUUUCACUGAACAUUUAUGAUAAUAGUACUUAUAGGAUAUGUAUUUAUCAAUUAUGUUGUUUGUGGAUUACUUUAAUUCCUUUUAUAUGAUCAUGCUGAUUAUAUUAGUUGUCCUCAAGUGGAUGUUAACAUUGCAUAUUUUAUUUUGAAUUAUACACCUUGUAGCACAAAAGUUUCCCUUCUAAUAAAGGAAUACAAGAAGUUUGGUCAUUCUUUAACCCUUUAUGGUCAAUGUGUGGCUACAUGGGAGUGCUUUUUUCAUAUAGGCAUUUGCUAGGACACAACAGGAUGGACAGUGACAGGCUUUUAUCCUGAGUAUUUGUGAAAGGUGACUAUGAGAAGACAGAAUAGAUAAUUAUAUGGUUUAAGCAUACUAAAGGACCACACCAACUUGGAAAAUUGGUGUGCUUGGAAAGCAAUAAAAAAACAUUUAUUGGUAUAAAGAUUAAUCUGCAGAAGGGAAUCGACUUAAGGAAGUCCAGUCUUCCAGCAUACACGGGCUUGGCGUAUAUUGCUCGUGACCUCACGGUGUCAUUGUCACUUCUAGAUAUAUGUUGUGAUAUUAUGUUUCUUUAUUUUAAUGUCUUAUAAAUCAUACUGAAAUAAUAUUAAUUAAAUGUUCAUUCCUUAUAUAUGGCAUGUGUUCUAUAUUAUGAUGUGCACACAAUUUUUAUUUGAAAUUCAUCUAUACUUUGUACAUGUACAGCCAUCUACUGGCAAAUUUGACAAUGUCACAAUAGUCUGCUCGUUUCUUAAUAAAACAUUGUCCACAGUGCUA